AUGGAGGCUACCCAGGAAUCCACCCAGCCAUGCACGGACCCUCGCCGCAUGGGCUACCAGAAUUCAGGUCUGCAUGAACAGGAUUUGUCGGACACUAUAUGUAUCUUGCAUCCCAGUUCGCCCGCGGCCCAUCAGGCUGUGGCGGCCACUGCCGAAAUUGGUCCCCAGCAUAUCCUACAGAGCGAUGAGCUCGAGUACACAAGUGCAGAUCUUGCGACUUUCGAUAUCGCGCUGAGACUAUCGUCGAACGUUCACGACUUGGCCCAAGGAUUCGUCUUUGGCAGAAAUCGGCUUCGCUGCGACCUUUUGCUUGCAGCCGACCCCAACUCGAAGCGUAUCUCGAACCUGCACUUUCGCAUUCACAUCACAGAGAAUGGGAUACUCAUGCUCGAGGAUCUCUCGACAAAUGGCACCAUCGUCGACAACUGCCGCCUUCGAAAGAAUCAAAAAGAUAACAGUCGCAUGCUGACAAACGGCUCUGUCAUUCAAGUGAUGAACGGCGAUCAGGCCUCGGAGGAGGUCAGGUUCGUGGUCCGCCUGCCACCCAGAGAGGGGUUUGCCAUGCAAUACACAGAGAACAUGCUCCGCUACUUCGAGCGAGUCCAAAAGCAGCAAACAGGCGUUGUGAAGGCGACGCCUCGACAAACCUCAGCUCAGCCCGUCUUCCCAUUUGCGGCGGUCGCGAAUACAUAUGGGAUGCACUGGACGGGUGGGUCGAUGUACAACGUCACUGGUCAAAUCGGCAAGGGAGCUUUCGCAACGGUUUAUAAACUCGCCACGAAACAGCAUGGAGCCGUGUAUGCCGCGAAGGAGCUUGACAAGCGAAAAUUCAUGAAGAAUGGUGUCCUUGACCAUAAGGUGGACAAUGAGAUGAAGAUCAUGAAGGACCUCAAACAUCCCAACAUUGUGCAAUAUAUCGACCACCACGAACAUGACAGAUGGAUCUACAUCAUAAUGGAGUAUGUUCCUGGCGGGGAGCUUUCCACAUACCUUCAAUCUAGUGGUAAGAUUCCCGAGGACAUGGUCAAGGUGAUCGCCCGCCAAAUGCUUCACGCGCUGCAAUAUCUUCACAAGCGGAAGAUCACGCAUCGAGAUAUCAAGCCAGACAACAUUUUGAUCUCGUCAUUGGAUCCCUUGAGGGUGAAACUGUCAGAUUUUGGGCUGUCGAAAGUGGUUCAGGAGGAAACAUUUCUCAAAACCUUCUGUGGUACCCUGCUCUACUGCGCUCCUGAGGUGUACCCGGAGUACGAAACAUAUCGCCGUGGUGAAGUCAGGAAGAGACGCAGACUGGGUGAUCCACCCCCCAAACCGUCUCCCUACAACCAAUCCGUCGACAUGUGGUCCUUCGGUGCCGUUCUCUAUCAUGUACUUGCUGGGACUCCCCCGUACUUGGGGCGGGGCGAUGACCGAGGGGCUCAGAUGCUGCGAAAUAUCAUGACGUCCGAAGCCGACUUCGAUCUACUGCUCCAUGAAGGCGUGUCCGUAGCUGGUGUUGAUUUCGUAGCUCGGCUCCUGAAUCGCAAUCCACAAGAUCGCCCCAAGGAGCGAGAAUGCUUUCAACACAGGUGGAUCGCCAAUGUUCCGGACGUGGAUGAAUAUGAAGACGACGAUGGCCAGUACAGCGGCCCCGAAGUGCUGUCAGACAUCGGCGAAGACUUGGAAGACGAGCUAGAUGCAUCUCAGCUUUCCAUCCACGACGACGAUGAUGCGGAAGAUUUUGAGGAAGUGGAGGGUGAUUUGGCGCAGUCAAAGCGACCUAGGAUCGAAGAGGCUCCGGUAGAUAUCCGUUAUCCAUCUCUGCCCAACGUUGAAAGCGUCAAGGAGCCCCAGGCCGGGAACGACUCCACCCCCCGACGCUUGUUUGGAGAGAUCAAUCCUUCCGCUCUACAAAGUUCCCACGCCUUGGGGGCUGAACCCGCCGACCUCGAAGGCGACGACAAUUUCAGCAUCCAUGAUUUUAUUUCUUCAGCCGGUGAGUCGAUAAUCAGCGGCGGCAAGAGCCUCAACUCCGUUCUGUCCCUCCCGGAUAACCCCAUUGCCGGAUCCGCACCAAGCUUGAUGGGAGCUGAGAAUCUCGUUGGGCAGCUGAACAUGAAUUCCGCGCGGCACCCUGGCACAUCAACCAACCUUCUCCCGGUCGUCGGGGCACUGGCGCAGCCAGCCAGUGACUGGGUCAUAGCCCAUGAUGUUCCGGAGGCACCCGCGCAGGCUGCUGUGGGCGACGAUACCCCCAAGGCAUCCAAAUUCAGCCGGCGAAUUGAAUUGCCCAUCCCCGACACGGCCAGUGAACGUUCAAGUCCCGAAACCAUCGCACAGAAUACCAAGGGCAACCCUGGCGCAUCUCAGUCAGGCUGGGACGAGGUUUUCGACAUCGAAUUGACCAAUACGAUAGAUGCCCAAACCGGACAACGACUCCCCGACCCGCAAGACCGCAAAGACCGCGAGCCCUCCACCGAACCCAUCCCGGAGCAUGCCUUGACCGGCAUCCCUCGAGUGGUCAUCCAGCCGCACCAGGAACGACCUCUUCUCGGCAAGCUCACGACUUUACCCGGUUCAAUAUUCGACUUGACAAUCCGACUGGAAGAUCGAAUGACCUCCUGGGGCCGUGGUCCUCAGGCUACGGUAUGCCAUCCAGACCCCAUGGACACGCGGAUCCCUGCCUACGCGUUGGAAGUCACCUUCUGGGCACCAGCAAUUGAGACUCGGAUUGCGGCCGGACAAGCCUGGACGACCGUGCCUAACGUGAUCGCGAUCCUUUCAACCAAGACCCGCAAAUGCAUCUGGGUGAACGGCACGGAGCUCCGUCGGGGAUCGGAGGGCAGUGGACGGGAGGGGUUCAAUUUUGGCAAGCUUUACACGGGGGAUGUCAUUACCGUCUACGAGCACCGCAAUAAGUUCUUGAGAUUUGAAUGUGAAUUUUACCACGGGGACAGUGCCUGCCGUCGGCCCGACAACGAAAAGGGGUUCACCGUGCGCAAGAUCCUGAUGCCGAAGGAAGCGACCUCGAACCAGCAACCCGGAAGAAAAGAUCGAUAUGAAAAGAAGUAA